AUGAUUCCCCAGUCAAUGAGAGAUAAAAUCACCGGUAAAAAGAAGAAUAACAGGAAGCCGGCUCUCCUGCCGGCCUCACAACAGAUUCAACAGGUCGGACCAACUCACUCAAAUCAAGAAACCACAUCAAGCUCGGUGGAAGAACAGGCGACAAAGCUCCUUCGCGCAGAUCUUUGCUUCGACCAUUGGGCUCGGAUAAGUGGGACUUGCGAAGAGGUUAUGAGAGCCCGCAUGUCUCUCACCAUUCGGGAGCGUUUUAUCAAAGUCGCAAUGGGUAAACUUCUCGACACAUACAAGAAACAGAAGGACGGUCCGAAAGAUGCAGCCAGUUUAUUCUAUCCGAGUACUAGGCAAGAUGCGAAGGAUUGGGCCAACGAAGGAAGGAAGCUUGAGUCUCUUUGUAAAGGCCUUUAUCCUAAAAUAUGCUACCAAAACUCCAUCGAGGACCAGCCCAUCAAGUACCAGCAUUUGGGGGUGCUUUAUGUUCUCCUCUCAAUAUUCCCAAAGAAACCGAUGGCGGCUAGCUUGUUCAGUAGAUGUCGGGCCUACCUCGAUCCAGGCGCAGUCAGCUUGUCUACUCAGAAACACGUCUUCGCUCGUGAUGACAGCCUGCAGUCUCGGCAGGGCUAUGCUCCCAUGGCCAACCCUGUGGAUGAACAGGCUUCAAACGAAUAUGGUACACAAUAUCCCUCGGCAGAGAUUAACGAUUACGGGAGAACUGAAUUCGACCACUCUGCUUUUCCUAGGACGACUUCAUUCCAAGAAACUUCUGAUCUAGUUAGAUCAGAUGUUCCCAAUUCACCCGAAAACAGAAGUCAGGGAUCGAUUCUUGACCAUGGAGAUACCCCGACAACUAACCCGAAUUCAGCUGAAAGCUUGCUGGAAACUUCUUCAGUUUCUGCUGAACUCCUCGAAUGCUCUCCACUUUCGGAGCCCGAGCAAACGCAACAAACCGAACCAAUCCUAGGUCAAUCCACACUUGCAAUAGAAUCAGCCCGAAUAAAUCAAAGGAAAAGGAAACGGAAUUAUAUUGAGGAUGGUAUGUAA